GAGCUCGACACUCUUCGUCGUCUUAUUCAUUGCCAAUGGUGCCCAAAACCGGUAUCUGCCUACGAUCUAUUCAUGAAGGAGUUAGCCGAAAAGCAGUUCAUUAGUACCGGCUUUGAUUCGGCAAAUUUCUUUUUUAUUCGUACACGUGAAUACCAAGGUGAGGUAGUUUUUGCUUUGGCCACAAUCUCCUUUCGCUUUAUAGACGUGAUCUGA